AUGAUCGAUGCAGUGACAAACACAGUGGCAAUCUCAUGUGCUAUAGUAGCUCUACUAUGUGCAUGGCAGUUGGUAAAUAUUUUGUGGGUGAGACCAAAGAAGCUGGAGAAGUACCUGAAGAAUCAAGGUUUCAAUGGAAACAAGUACAGAUUUGUUUUUGGGGAUAUGAAAGAGUUUUCUUCGAUGUUCCAAGAAUCCAAAUCUAAGCCUUUAAGCUUGGAUGACGAUGAUGGAGUUCUUCCACGCGUUGUGGCUUUCACCCAUCACUAUUUGCAAAAACAUGGUAAAAAUUACAUCAUGUGGAUGGGAUGGAAACCAAGAGUGACUAUUAUGGACCCUGAUGUCAUCAAAGAUGAGAUCAAUGGGCUAAACAUAGGAAAAAUAAUCAACCCAGCCUUCCAUAUGGAGAAGCUAAAGAAUAUGGUACCCGCUUUCCAUUUAAGUGGUAAUGAAAUGCUAGGGAAGUGGGAGAAAUUAGUUUCGUCAAAGGGGUCAUGUGAGCUCGAUAUAUGGCCUGAUCUUCAAUCUUUAACGGGUGAUGUGAUAUCAAGAACCGCAUUUGGAAGUAAUUAUGAACAAGGUCUUCAUAUAUUUGAACUCAUAAGAGAACAAAGUGUACUCGUACAGGAGGCACUAACAUCACUUUACAUCCCCGGAUUUAGGUUCUUUCCAACAAAGAGGAACAUAAGGAUGAUGGCUAUCGACAGAAAAGUAACACGUUCUAUAAGAGGUAUCAUUAGCAACCGGCUUAUAGCAAUGGAGGCUAGAGAAGGUAACAAUGACGAUUUGUUAGGAAUAAUGCUUGAAUCUAAUAGCAAAGAGGCUGAGGAGCACCAAAACAAGCAUCAUGGAAUGACUACUGACGAAGUUAUUGAAGAGUGUAAGCUUUUCUAUUUUGCUGGACAAGAGACAACAGCAUGCUUGCUUGUAUGGACGAUGAUUUUAUUAAGUAAGCAUCAAGAAUGGCAGUCACGUGCGAGGGAAGAAGUUUUCAAUGUUCUUGGGAACAAAAGUAUCGAUGUAGAUGGGAUAAAUCACCUCAAAGUUGUAAAUAUGAUUUUCCAUGAAGUAUUGAGGCUAUAUCCUCCUAUUGUUGGGCUAGCCCGUAAAGUUGAAAAAGAUCUCAAAUUGGGAGGAUUUUUACUACCAUCUGGAACUCAGAUUGGAAUACCUGUCAUGAAUAUUCAUUAUGAUGAGGAAUUUUGGGGUGAUGAUGCCAAGAAAUUCAAACCCGAUAGGUUUUCUGAAGGAAUCUCAAAAGCAACAAAAAAUCAAGUCAUUUACUUUCCCUUUGGUUGGGGACCUCGAAUAUGUGUUGGACAAAAUUUUGCAUUGAUGGAAGCUAAAGUUGCCCUGGCAAUGAUCUUACAAAGGUUCUCUUUCGAACUUUCACCAUCCUAUGUCCAUGCUCCUCAUAUGGUUAUCACCGUUCAACCCCAGCAUGGGGCUCAUUUGAUUUUGCAUAAACUCUAGCAUAUAUUCGCUUCUUUUGGAUAAGGAAUUGUCAUUUUCGGUUCAAUAAUGUGUGCCCAUAUAUAUUACUAAACUAGUUUUGUAUGAAAGAGAAAUAUGUAAUUUAUUUUAUAUUAAAACAAUUAUAUUUG